GGAGGCAUGGCGCCGAGUAACAUAAUUAGGCAAAAUGGCCGCUAAAUUUUCAAAAAAUUUGAAAGUCGCACAUAUUUUGCCUCGUAUCUCUCCCGCAAAACUCUGCUUUUUCACAACGUCUCCGCUAAGCGCUGGUGGUCAAAAAUGGCGGAUCAGAAAUGGGUUAGCAAGCGAUGGCUUGGCAUACGGACCUCUAACUGAUCUGCCUGAUUGGUCAUAUGUUGAUGGGGCAUCAAAUGCCCCAGAAAGCAAGAGACGGAGGAAAAGACAAAAUAAAAGAAUGCGAGAAUCACAACGUAUAGUGGAAUAUUUGAAAGACUUUAACACAGAUGAAGAGUCAGCCAAGGACCCAAGCUUUGAGAAAAUUAAACAUCAAUGAUUGAUUUAUCAAGGCUCUAGAUAUAUUCUAUGGUUCAACACAGGCAUGACUCAAUAAAUGUACAUCAUUUUACAUCAUUACAGGCAUGAGUCGUUGAUUGUAACCUAGAACUAUGCUUUUCAACAUUGAGUCAUUUUAUUUCGAAAUUAUUUCCUAUCUGCUAUUGAUGUUAAUGAGAGCAAGUUUAACAAGUGUUGAAAUUGUCUGCUGUUAAUAAACGAAACAUGAUUUGUGUUGCCGAUAUCGAACAUGCAAUAUUUAGCUAGAUGUAUUUGCAAGAAAUUGUAAGAAAUUACACUUAUCUUUAGGCAACUGAAGUUAUUUGUGGGAUGACAAUACAUGUAUGUUAUUCUUGUAUAAUAAAUGUGUCAAUGGCAA